AUGACUAGUUACGAAAAUGGUUUGGAAGCUGAACAUGGAGUAGACCCUGCUGGGGGAACACGUUUGGAAGAGACAAAUGAUGAAGAUGUACCAGAAGACAAUGUUGAAUGUGGCAUUAAUGAAGAAUGGACCGAACCUGAUAUUGCGCAAUGGAGGAGCUUGCUUCAAUUUUUGGAUAUUGACAAAGAACCAGAACUUAUUCAGUUUUCAGACUUCGAAGGGAAGGAGUUUGUAAGUAUUGAACAAGCAGAAUCUUUUUAUUUUUUGUAUGCGAAAAUGAUGGGGUUUAGUGUUAGAAAAAAACUGAAGAGGGGGGACAAAAAAGGUAUUUUACACAUUAGAAGUUGGGUGUGUUCAAACGAAGGUUUUAGAGAACAAAAAUGUUGUAAUCUUGAUAAUAGGUGUAAAGAAGCUCGUGCUCUAACAAGAACAGGUUGUAAUGCAGAGUUUAGAAUAAAUUUAAAUAGGGAAACUAACCACUGGAUUACUAAGUGUUUUAAUAACCACCACAACCAUAAGUUUUCCUUCUUUCGUGAAAAACCAUUUCUUAGAUCUCAUAGAAUAUUUAGGGACGAGAUGAGGGAACAAGUUAUGUCAAUGAAGAGAGCCGGAAUUAAGACAUCCCAAAUUUGGAAUUACAUGGUAGAAGUUCAUGAUGGUUGGGAAAAUGUGGGAUGUAUCAAAGAUGACUUGUACAAGGGAAUCUGUAAAAAAUAUUCAAAUUGGGAUGAUUGUGACACGUCCACAGAAAUGGGUUAUCUCGAAGCAAAAAAAGGGCCGGACAACAUGUUUUUCUACAAGUAUGAUGUAGAUAAAGAAAAUAGAUUGAAAAAUUUAUUCUGGUCUGACGGGACUUCCCAGGUUGAUUACCAAUUAUUUGGUGAUUGUUUGGCUUUUGAUUCUACUUACAAAACCAACAGGUACGGAAAGCCAUUAGUAAUACUACUUGGGUCUAAUAAUCAUGACAAAACGUGUGUGUUUGGAGCUGUACUUCUUGAUAAUGAGACUUCGACCACAUAUGAUUGGGUAUUGGAAACAUUUUUAGAGUGCAUGGGUGGUAAGAUGCCGUAUUACAAGGAGGAAGAAUGGGAGGAUAAUUGGAAAGUGACUGUGAAUAAAUAUAGAUUGACAGGAAAUGCAUGGGUGGAAGCACAAUAUGGCACAAGAAAGCAGUGGGCAGAUACUUUUCUACGUGGUAUUUAUUUUGGUGGAGCUACUGCUACCGUUAGAUGCGAAUCUAUGAAUGCAUUCUUGAAAAGAGAUUUGCAAAAUAAAAUACCAUUGUGGAUGUUUAUACGACACUUUGACCAUGCUUUAUCUAUGUUAUGUUACAACGAGAUGAAAGAACACUACAAAACUAAUUUGACUGAACCGGUUUUGAACCAGACAACUAUGCCGUGUGUGGAGGAUGAAAUUUCUUCAAUUUUCACAAGGGAAAUUUUUACAAGGAUAAGAAAGGAGAUACGGCGUGGCGAUAAUUAUAUUGUCCUAAAGGAUGAUAAGAUACUAGGUUACACUCUUUGUUUGGUGAAAAAAUAUAUUGGUUCUGGAUUAAAGCGCAAAGUGUUAAUCUCAAACGAUGGGGAUGAUGUGCGAUGUGAUUGCUAUUCUCUUGAGACAAAAGGAAUUCCAUGUAGACAUAUUUUUAUUUCAUUGAAGAAUUUGGAGAGAAGAAGUUUGCCAAUUUGUUUGGUAAAUAGACGUUGGCUAAAAGAUGCUAAAGAAGUUCAACUGUUAACUCAAGGUAAUGAAAGAAAGUGUCCUCAUCCUGAAGUUAUUGAAAAUUCUAGGUACGGUGGUGUAACCACACAAACUACUAUCAUGUCGUACCUUGCUACAAGAUCGCGAGAAGCAUUUCAAAAGGCUAUGAAAGUUAUAUCAGAGUUGAAUGCAGAAUUGGAAAAAAUGCCACCAGAUGAAGAGUUAAAACAUCCUCAAAAUGAUGAAGGAGUAUUUCCUAAUAAUAUUUUGGACUCUCAGAUUAAAAAAACAAAAGGCAGACCAACUACAGCCAGUUUGUCGAAAUCAUUCUCUGGAGGUGCAAAGAAGAGAAAACCAAAAAAAUCGCUAUUACAUUGCAAGUAUUGUGGUGAGGUUGGACAUGAUUCAAGGAAUUGUCCUAUGCAGCCAAAGUCCACUACAAAGAAAAAUGGUCAUUCGAAGAAUAAGAAGAAAAAAAUCAAUCCAUGA